AGGAUGUGUGCAUGUGUUGUGUGUUGAUGCUGGUGAAGAGUGAAGUUUGACAUUACAGAGAAACUUAACAGUCAGAGCUUGUGGUGACAAUGUCACAGAAAAGCCGCUGCAGUGUACAGAAGACGAGAAGAAGAGAAGAAGAAGUUGGAGCUAUUACAAUUUUUUGUGUUGGAUUGUGAGAAGUUUCAUUUGACGACAGCAGAGAGAACAAAUGUCUCCUUUCCUGAGAAUCGGUUUCUCCAGCUUUGAGAUGGACCCGGGUCUGGCCUACCACGAGGAGGUCCUCAACCCAUACUGUGCUGUGUACAUGAAAGAAGCCAUCGACACGGAAAAAGGUCCAGUGUAUAAGCAGAAGAAACCGACCAUGUAUCCACCGUGGAGCAGCACGUUUGACGCUCACAUCCACCGCGGUCGCAUCAUGCACGUGAUGGUCAAAGACCGAACAGCAGAGCUGAAAUCUGAGGCCACGGUUGCUCUCGACUCACUGGCAACGCGCUGCAAGAAGGAGAACGGCAAACUGGAGAUCUGGUUGGAGCUGAAGCCUCAGGGUCGUGUGCUGAUGGAGGCCAGAUAUUACCUGGAGAAAAGUGAUGCUGCAGGACAAAUGGACGCAGGCGGCGAGUCUGAGCGAGAGAGAGACGGUUUGUUCGCCCUUCACCAGCGACGUGGUGCCAUCAAACAGGCCAAAGUUCACGAGGUCAAAUGUCACGAGUUCAGCGCCACUUUCUUCCCUCAACCCACGUUCUGCUCCGUCUGUAAAGAGUUUGUUUGGGGUCUAAACAAACAGGGUUACCAGUGUCAACGUAAGUGUGACGUUUCUUUCAUGACAAGUCUCUGUCAGAAUGUAACGCCGUCGUCUCUGUCACAAUGUAACGCCGUCGUCUCUGUCACAAUAUGCAUGGGCGUUUUAAGAUCAUGCAGGUUUAAAGUCUACACAAGAGUCCCACCUUCUGUGAACACUGCUGCUGUGAGGCCAAGCAGGGACUCAAAAUGUGGGAUGAACGUUCAUCACAAGUGUCAGAACAAAGUGGCCAAUCUUUGUGGCGUCAACCAGAAACUGAUGGCAGAAGCUUUGGCCGUCAUCGGGAGCAAACAGCAGGCCCGAAGCACCAAAGACUCUGACAUCAUUGGUCGAGAAGGUCCAGUGGGUGUCGGCCAGGCAGGAGUUGUUCGCGCUCCGUCAGGAUUAUUGACAAGUUUACCUGUGAACAAAGAGCUGCAGGGCGUUUCAUGGGAGGGGCCAACAGACGUCAGCAGGUCUGACAAUGAGGCGUUGACGGAGGAGCAGGAGGAGGAGCCUCUGUACGCCGUCCCGAGGAAAGAGCACCAAGCCAAAUUCACCGUCGAUGACUUUGUCCUGCACAAGAUGCUCGGGAAAGGAAGCUUCGGAAAGGUGUUUUUAGCUGAGCUCAAAUGCAGCGGUCAGUUCUUUGCCAUCAAAGCUCUGAAGAAGGACGUGGUGCUGAUGGACGAUGAUGUGGAGUGUACCAUGGUGGAGAGGAGGGUUUUAUCUUUAGCCUGGGAAAAUCCAUUCCUCACACACCUUUACUGCACCUUCCAGACUAAAGAAAACCUGUUCUUUGUGAUGGAGUAUUUAAACGGAGGAGACCUGAUGUUUCACAUCCAGAGCUGCCACAAGUUUGACUUACACAGAUCCACUUUCUAUGCAGCUGAGAUCAUCUGUGGUCUCCAGUUCCUUCACUCUAAAGGAAUCAUUUACAGAGACCUGAAGCUGGACAACGUUCUGCUGGACUCUGACGGACACAUAAAGAUCGCAGACUUUGGUAUGUGCAAAGAAAACAUGCAGGACGACACGAGGACGUCCACUUUCUGUGGGACACCAGACUACAUCGCUCCUGAGAUCCUGCUGGGUCAGAAAUACAACACGUCGGUGGACUGGUGGUCGUUUGGCGUUCUUCUGUACGAGAUGCUCAUCGGUCAGUCGCCGUUCCACGGUCGAGAUGAAGAGCAGCUGUUUCAGUCGAUCAGAACAGAUAAUCCUGUUUAUCCUCGAUUUCUCAACAAACACUCCAAAGACAUUUUAGUCAAGCUGUUUGUUCGUGAACCAGAGGAACGACUUGGAGUCACAGGAAACAUCAGACAUCACAGUUUCUUCAGCUGCAUUGACUGGAACGCUUUGGAGCAACGGCAGGUGGCGCCGCCCUUCAGGCCGACCAUAACUUCGCCCAGCGACUGCAGCAACUUCGACAAAGAGUUCAUCAACGAGAAACCGCGGCUGUCGUGCGCCGACCGGACGUUGAUCAACAGCGUCGAUCAGACGACGUUUAGAAACUUCUCCUUCAUUAACCCGAGGAUGACUCGCAUCACAGCUCACUGAAGCUCCGCCCACAACAAAAACAACCUACUACCUACAGAUGACGAUGAUGAUGAUGAUGAACAACCACCAGGGGUCGCUCCUCACUCUAACUGGAUUUUAUCUCAAGAAAAAAAAUGUCAGUGUUGAUACAAAGUAACGCAUUACAUGAACUUAUUUAUACUUGAUGAGUGAAUGAAUGGAUGGAUGAUGGAUGAAUGAAUGCAUGGAUUGAUGA